AUGUAUAUUCCCACCAUCAUUCUGUUUUGGUUCAUUUUAUCCUCCACCUUGAUGAACUCAGCAGCUGUUGACACCAUUAGACCACACCAGACUAUUAAAGAUGGUGACACCAUUAUAUCAGCAGGUGGAGAAUUUGAACUGGGAUUUUUCAGUCCUGACAGCUCGAGAAAUCGAUAUCUGGGCAUCUGGUACAAGAAAAUAUCAGUUAGGACAGUUGUAUGGGUUGCUAAUAGAGAUCAUCCUCUCAUGAGUACCUCAGGCGUGGUACGGAUGACUGACAAGGGAAUUACUUUGCAGACUUUGAAUACUAGUGAUGGGAUAGUUUGGUCGAUGAAUGCAUCUAGAUUUAUGAGGAGUCCUGCUGUCAAGCUACUGGAUACAGGGAACUUGGUUUUGAGAGAUGAAGAUGAGGUUAUUGAAGAUGCACAAGAUUUUAUAUGGCAGAGCUUUGAUCAUCCCAUGGAGAGUAUGCUGCCUGGGAUGAAGUUUGGUGUAGACCUGGUCACUGGUAUUGACAGGUACUAUACGUCGUGGAAAAGUGCUGAUGAUCCCUCCUCGGGUAGUUUUACCUACAGACUUGAUUACAAUGGUUUCCCACAAUUUCUUUUGUGGAAAGGUUCAAGGAUUUGGACGAGGAAUGGACUAUGGAAUGGUUACAAACUCGGUGGCAUUCCCAAUUACAAUCCCAAUGGAAUAUAUAAAUACAAGUUUGUGCUGAAUGAGAAGGAAAUCUAUUUUGGGUUUUACCUCAUCAAUCAAACAGCUGCUUUCAUAAGGCUUGCACUGAAUCCAAGUGGAGAACCAAAACUUCUGGUGUGGAAUGAUCAGCAAGAGAAAUGGAUUGUUUACCUUAGUCUACAGGACACUGACUGUGAUCGCUAUAACUUGUGUGGUGCUUAUGGAAUCUGCAACAUAGAAAACACGCCAAGAUGUGAAUGCUUGAGGGGAUUUGUUCCUAAAUACCCAGAGAAGUGGAAAGCAGCAGAUUGGUCUGAUGGAUGCGUCCACAGAACUCGUUUAGCCUGUGGGACUGGGGAGGGUUUUGUCAAAUAUUCGGGUGUUAAGUUGCCAGACACACAUCACUCCUGGUAUAAUAUGACGAUUAACCUUCAAGAAUGUAAGAGGUUGUGCAUAAAAAACUGUUCUUGUACAGCUUAUGCAAGUAUAGAUGUCACAAGAGGUGGACAUGGAUGUCUCUUAUGGUUCAGUCAUCUAGUGGAUAUUAGAGAUUACACUGGAGAUGGACGAGAUAUUUAUGUAAGAAUGCCACCCUCUGAACUAGUAAAAAGCUGGAGUUCUGGAGUAAGGAGGAAAACAGCAGUUAUUACAAUUACUGUGAUGCCAAUACUAGUGCUACUUGGCAUAACUUUCCGUUCAGUAUACAACAAGAAGAAGCUGCUGAAACAAGAGGACUUGAAUAUAAGUCUGGAAACUGUUGCUUUGACUGAAGUUGAGAAUGAAGAUCUGGAGUUGCCAUUGUUUGAGUUUGAAAAAAUUGCAAAUGCCACGAGUAACUUCUCCAACGAUAACAAACUUGGAGAGGGCGGCUUUGGACCUGUCUACAAGGGAACAUUGGAUGAUGGACGAGAGGUGGCCGUGAAAAGGCUGUCAAAGGAUUCGAGUCAAGGAUUAGAAGAGUUCAAAAAUGAAGUCUCAUGUAUCGCCAAACUUCAGCACAGAAAUCUUGUGACGCUUUUUGGUUGUUGCACAGAGAAGGGAGAGAAGAUUUUGAUCUAUGAAUAUAUGGCCAACAAAGCUCUAGACUCGUUCAUUUUUGAUGAAAAGAUAAGAAAUACAAUCGACUGGCCAAAACGAUACAACAUAAUAAAUGGCAUUGCAAGGGGACUUAUGUAUCUUCAUCAAGAUUCAAAGCUACGAAUUAUACAUAGAGAUCUCAAAGCCAGUAACAUUCUACUUGAUCAUGAACUGAAUCCAAAGAUUUCAGACUUUGGCAUAGCAAGAAGUUUUGGAGGAAACGAAACUGAAGCAAAUACAUCAAGGGUGGUCGGGACAUACGGUUACAUGUCACCCGAGUAUGCUAUUGACGGACAAUUCUCCAUUAAAUCUGAUGUGUAUAGCUUUGGUGUUUUGCUAAUAGAGAUAGUGAGUGGAGUCAAAAACAGAUUAUUCAGUCAUCCUGAUCACAGCUUAAACCUUUUAGGGCAUGCAUGGAUGAGUUACAAAGAAGACAAACUUCUGCAACUAGUCGAUGAGGUGAUCUUGGAGUCUAGUAACCAUACUGAAGUUUUUCGAGCUAUCCAAAUAGGAUUACUGUGUGUUCAACAUCAGCCGAAAGACAGGCCAGUUAUGUCGCAGGUAGUUCUCAUGUUGAGCAGUAAUAUGAAGCUGCCUCAUCCUAAGCAACCUGGUUUUUUCAUGGAACGGUGCCUUAUCGAAGCAGAAAACGUAUUGAGCAACCCAAAAUUUUCAUUAUCUAACUAUUUUACGAUCACUUCUCUCCUACCUCGGCAAUAGGUGUUAUCUAUGUACCUAGAAACAAAUUGUUUUCGCUACAUGUAACUAGGUUGUAUAUAAAGAACUAACGCUUUUUACCUCCAAUUUUUUUAGCUAAACAUUAAAUUAAGCACUCACAUUGUUUACACUUCCAAAUGCCGGUAAGCAAUUGAUUAGAAUUCUAAUGAGUUGAUUAAUUGCCGAGGAGUUCUGGAGUGGAGGCCAGGUGUGCGAUUU